AUGUCUGAUUUUGACCCAGUUUCUGACUUUCUUGCUCGUGAACAGGAGGCUCUUGGGGAUUUAGGUGAUGAUUUAAAGCUUAACGAAGAUAUUUCAAAUACCGAGGUCUCUGAUCCCAGUUAUGUGUUUCUUAAUGGACAAUCUACAAUGAAUGGCUCUAAUUUUGGACACAAUUUGGCUGAACCUGAUUGUAGAGCUAACAAUUCUGUUCAUGAUUUCAACACAAUUGUAUCAUCCGACAGUAAUGUUGGUGGAACUGAGUCUUGGCGGGAGGAAUUCGAGAAAAGAAUUAAGGCUAAAGAUGCUGAAGAAGAAAAAAAAUGUGCUGAGUUGAUGGAAACAGGAAAAAAGGAGUUAAAUCAUUGGUACAAAGAAUAUCACCAAAGAUUAGAAACAAAAUCCCGUGAAUUGCGUGAGAAAAAACAUGAUUCAAAUGGUCAUUUCAUGAAUGGUGAUGGUAGCAAACCAUCUGUGAAAGAUACAGCCGUUUGGGAGAGUAUUUGCAAUUUAUGUGAUUUUCAAGUAUGCGUUUAAGAUAUCAUUUUAUUCGAUUACCUAACCUGUUAAAAAAAUUGUUAAUUUCUUUUCAUUGAAGAUAAAUUAGAACUUUCAUGGUUAGAAAAAAUACACAUUAAUUAAAAGCGUUGGUUACACAAGACUCGACGUGUAAUCACUGGAUUUUAAUUGUUUGAAUCCUGCUCUAUUUAUUUUAGUCAGAGCAACCCCAGUUGUGUUAUAGCUUAAAGCCCUUGGUACUUAGUCUCGGAUUAUAUCCGUAAUUUUACUUAAUUCAGCAUCUGGUCAAAAUGAUCAGUAAAAAAAACGAUUAAAAAAUACCCGUCAAAUAGCAGUAUGAGUUUGUUUGUUUUUUAAUUAUGAAAUACGUAAAUCUCAAGGCAAGAAAGUAAUUAGUACUUAGGUGUUUCCGUGUUUUAGAUAUAUUAAGUAACUUGGCAUUAAGUUGUUCUCUUAUUUAAUUUCAUCUUAAGUCCUCGUUAACUAAAUUGAACACAGUUUAAAUUUCUUAACUGGAUUCUAUUUUCAUUCAUUUAUUUAAAUAUGUACUUAUAAUAUAUCACUGUCAGAUGCGGAAAUAUUCAUGGUCUUGUUUGUACGCUCCAAGCAAAAAACUGCAAUUGA